AUGGACAUGCUAGAGAACCUUGAAUCCCUACAGUUUGCUAGUGAGAUUCCAGAGGAAGAUCGUUUCUGGCUGUAUUUGCAGGGUCGUUCUCGGGGACUGAUGAUUGAGGCCUGUGCCCAUGCAACUUUCUUCUGCAAAGUAUUCUAUAAUUUGAGAGAAUUAUUACAAAAGAAUCAAAAUUCCAGCUCUCCCUCAACUAAAUCAGGUGAUGUGGACAUGGAUGACAACAGGAACCUAAAGGUUGGCAUCAUUGGAGGUGGCCGUCUCGGGAAGCAGCUGGCUCGUACACUGCUACAACUUGUCCCCAUCCCUGCUGCAAGUCUGCGGAUCUCCACCCGGAGGCCAGAGGUCCUGGCCGAGUUCCAGAAGCUGGGGGUCCAGUGCUUUUACCAUAAUUCUGGUCUGGUGGGUUGGGCCAACGUGAUAUUCCUCUGCUGCUUGCCAUCUCAGCUGCCUCAUAUCUGCAUACAAAUUCAAACCAGUCUUGAAAAGGCCUGCAUUGUGUUCAGCUUUGUAGCAGCCAUCCCAAUACCCAGGUUGAAACUAUUAUUGAACCACACCAACAUCUUGCGACCUCAGUAUCAUUGUGUUGAGGAUUUUGAGAAGAUCUGGGGAGCCAAUAAGGAAAUCACAGCUGCUCUCCAAGAUCCUGUGAUUCUUCGGGCUACCUGCCCCUACAGUCCUGAUGGGGGAAUAAUCCUCAAUAUCAAAUGGCUGGAGGGAUUAAUCUAUGCAGCCCUAAACAUGUGCACAGAAAGCAAUGUGGAUUGCCGACAAGCACUGCAGCUUUUGAAUCAACUAUUUCUUUCUGUUCACUUCAAAGACUGUAUGAAACAUGAAGAAUCCUGCCCAGAAUUUCAGCUACCACAUGUCAUCAGCAAAUCCUAUGUCAAGAACUUGCUUCAUAGAAGGCCUUUUCCUUGGUUUGAUCUGACUGCUGUGCAACUCAGGGAAACUCCCUUUAGCCAGUAUCACUCCACCAAUACUGUUCUCCAAGACCACCUGACCUACCUGUACUAUGAUUCAUUCGGCAUCGCUCCAAAGAAAGAAGAAGAGCCUGUGGAUCUCUUGGACUCUCCAUCCCAAUAA